AUGCUCACUCGCAACGUCGCUAGCAUUUUCUCCUUGGUUUUCGCUGCGCUUUCUAUUACCGCAAAUGCCGUACCCACACCAGAGGAGCCAUUGAAUGAGGAGGUCUUGGCGAGACAGUAUGACUGUGGCGAGGUCUCUGUAUCCGUCGCACUCCUUCGGGGUUAUAGCCCCAGCGCCGAGGAUCACUUCUACACGACUAACGCCAUCGAGAUGGAGAAGGCAGUCUCCAAGCUGGGCUAUAAGUCCGAGGGCGAUCCCGGCCGUGUAUUUUCUUCCCAAGUUGGGGUGACGAUCCCUCUCUACCGCAUGUACAGCGCGACAGCGACGGACCACUUCUACACCACGUCCAAGUCGGAGGCAGACAAUGCAGUAGACAAACUAGGCUACACCGCAGAGGGCACCACUGCCUUCGUCUAUUCCGACCAAAUCUGUGGCAGCAUCCCAUUCUACCGCAUGUACAGCCCUACCGCGACCGACCACUUCUACACGACGUCGGAGAGCGAGAGAGACAAUGCCAUCGCCAACCUCGGAUAUGUCGAUGAGGGUAUCCAGUGCUACAUUCUCCCUACCGAUGACUAAUCUUGGAUUCACAUGUUUCGAUUCAACACUGCAUUUUGAUAUCUUGAUCUCUGUGGUUCAUUGGCAUGGGCUUUUCUUACAGUACUUAUGUUGGUCCCUACAAGGUUCCGUCUGAAUAAGCGUAAUCCCUUUCUUUCGAAUCCGGUCACUAGUAUCUGCUUGAUGUAUUACAAUGAGCAUGCUUGGAUCUGUAAUGUGAGAAGAAGCCCUGCCGACUCGCGGAAGUCCCGGACGAAUAUCCAGGUCUUGGUAGCUACAAUCGUCCGAUGAGAGCAUCCAGAUUGAACACUGAAUCGUGAUUAGAGUUAGUCUAUGUAAAGCGACCAGCUCCGCAUAACAUCCGAGACAAUAUCAUCUCCAAUCCGUGGCGGAUCUCGAGUCUUACUGCCGUAUGCUCUCUAUAUAACCGUGGC